AUGAGCAAGUCUGGCCGCUGGGGCCACCCCCGCCAGCCGCCCCCCGCAGGUUCAGUCCCCUUUACUAUCCCCGCACAGCCGGGGCCAGCAGUUUCCAUGGGAACCGCAGCCGGGUCUGCGCGCCCAGGAGUAGCCCGCCUCCCGGCCCGGCACGGCUUCCAAUCCGACGGGAGCCGGGAAGAACACGGGUGGGGAAGAAGCCAUCGUUCAGGAUCCCCAGGUCCUCCAGGUCGCCCCGGCACACCCAAGAAGGGCCACCGCGAGACCCGCAUCGCCACUGCCCAGAUUGCGCGGGCCACUAUGAUUGGCCUGGCCUCUCUAUCAGCGUGGCGGCGCUCUCUGCCGGCUCCGGGUGCUGGACAGAGGAGGGGAACCCGCCUAGUCUUCCAGCGAGAAAGCCCGCCCAAGAAGGGGCGCCAAGGCAGGAAGCAGGAUCUGCGGGGUCGAAAGGGCCCAAAGCUGGUGAUCCGAGCCCCCAAGAAGUGCUUUCUCGGGGCGCGGGGUCCUGGCCAGCGCGCGCUCGCUUCCACCUGCCGCGCCGUCGGGCGCCGCGAGGAGGCGGGGCUCAACCACCCCGGGGCCCUGUUAUCCGCGGGCGCGUCCCCGGGCUCGGGCCCGUCCCCGGCCCUCGAGGGAGCCGCCGCCUUCACCGACACCUCUGCAGCGGCCGCGCCAGAGGCCGCCCGGGCAGGACCCCGGCGUGAGCAUCGGGCGCCCCCCAAGGAGUGCACGACCCCCGGAUCCGCCCUCAGCACGGACCGCGCCCGCCGGGCACACAAGAAUGGUCACUGUAGGUAUUCCCCUGUCGCUGAGAGGGAACCUGGUCGGCCUGAUGGGGGAGGGGCCGCGGCGGCGGAGGAUGCCUCCUCCAUCCAGGCCCGGACCCCGCAGGCCGCCCAGGCUAACGCAGGGCCCCGAUCGCUGGUGCUGGGCCAGGACCAGGCGGCCAGCCGUCCCCGAGAGCCCCGGGGAAGCGGGUGGCGUCGGAUGGCGCGCCCCAGGCCUCGGCCGCGCCCGGGAGCCGGGCGUCUCGUCCUCGAGCCCGUCGACCUUGCGUGGAGGGACAGUGGCCCACAGAGGCAAGCGGGUGUGGCCUGUUGUCUCCAGCAGAUACUCGGGGCCAUGGAGUCUCAGGUGGCGGGGGGCCCGGCCGGCCCAGCCCUGCCCAACGGGCCACUCCUUGGGACAAACGGAGCCACUGACGACAGCAAGACCAACCUCAUCGUCAACUACCUGCCCCAGAACAUGACCCAGGACGAAUUCAAGAGCCUCUUCGGCAGCAUUGGCGACAUCGAGUCCUGCAAGUUGGUUCGGGACAAGAUCACAGGGCAGAGCCUCGGCUACGGGUUUGUGAACUACUCUGACCCCAACGAUGCAGACAAAGCCAUCAACACCCUCAAUGGCCUCAAAUUGCAGACGAAGACCAUCAAGGUGUCCUACGCCAGACCCAGCUCUGCGUCCAUCCGGGAUGCCAACCUGUACGUCAGCGGGCUCCCCAAGACCAUGAGCCAGAAGGAGAUGGAGCAGCUCUUCUCCCAGUACGGCCGCAUCAUCACGUCCCGCAUCCUGCUGGACCAGGCCACAGGUGUCUCUCGGGGUGUGGGCUUCAUCCGCUUCGACAAGAGGAUCGAGGCCGAGGAGGCCAUCAAAGGACUGAACGGGCAGAAGCCGCUGGGUGCUGCCGAGCCCAUCACGGUCAAGUUCGCCAACAACCCGAGUCAGAAGACGGGGCAGGCCCUGCUCACGCACCUCUACCAGUCCUCCGCUCGGCGCUACGCGGGGCCUCUGCACCACCAGACGCAGCGCUUCCGGCUGGACAAUUUGCUCAACAUGGCCUAUGGAGUCAAGAGUCCCCUGUCGCUCAUCGCCAGGUUCUCGCCCAUCGCCAUCGACGGCAUGAGCGGCCUGGCGGGCGUGGGCCUGUCGGGGGGCGCGGCGGGCGCCGGCUGGUGCAUCUUCGUGUACAACCUGUCGCCCGAGGCCGACGAGAGCGUGCUGUGGCAGCUCUUCGGGCCCUUCGGGGCGGUCACCAACGUCAAGGUCAUCCGCGACUUCACCACCAACAAGUGUAAGGGCUUCGGCUUUGUCACCAUGACCAACUACGACGAGGCGGCCAUGGCCAUCGCCAGCCUCAACGGCUACCGCCUGGGCGAGCGCGUGCUGCAGGUGUCCUUCAAGACGAGCAAACAGCACAAGGCCUGAGCCGCCCCACCCUCCCCGGGCAGCAGAGAGAGAGAGAGAGAGAGAGAGAGAGAGAGAGAGAGGGGCCCCAGAGAGACAGCGCAGGCAGACCACCGACGGACGAGGCCCCAAGUCCCCGUGGGGGCCACAGGGUGAGCAUGCGGGUCAGAGGGUCUGCAGGGAAUGGGGGGUGCCUGGGGGUCCCCCACCCCGUCCUCCUGCCCCCCACACCCCAGGCUGGGCUGUUCACUCUCUCGUCUUGGUUUUGUUCAUGGCGAUGGCUUUUGUUUCUUUUUUCGGCUCACGAAAGCAGAUGUGCCCCCACUGCACCCUCAACCUCCCUCCAUCGGACGGCUUGGGGGGGUCGCUGGGGGUGCCCUCCCAGGCCCCCUUGCCCAGGCCUCCCCAACACCUAGGUGAGCCUGAGGGGAGCGGGGAACAGGUUUAAAAAUCCCCAAAAGAGCGCAACGUGAGCAGGGAUGAGGGCAGCCCCAGCCCAGAGCCCCCCUGGUGGGGGGCGUGAGGAACAGGGGGAGGGGCUGGAAACAGAAACAAAUUAAA